CAUAACUCAGUUUUACAUACAAAUUUCAUAGAAAAGUAUCGUUUUUGAUAUUUGGAUAAAAGUAUUGAAUUUGACUAGUUGGAAACUACCGUAUUGUACAAGUGCAGGAAAACCAUAAGCACUGGUUAAAUUCAAACAUCUUAAUUACUAUUAUAUAUUACUAUUAUUAUAUACACAUUAAUGAUAUUACUAAUCAUACAUUAAGGUUUGGAAUUCCAGUCUUAACACCAAUCGACACUUCGAUGUAUUUUAGUAAUCUGCGCGCCAAAAACGUAGCAUUCUCUGGAUCAAAGACAUUUGCAGUUACAAUGUCAAGUUUCAUAUCGUUUUGGAAAUUUAUCAGUUCACUUGCACUUAUCGCCAUAGCGUUCACUGGGAGUCCACUCGCAUUUACAAGCACCACACGGCGAGUCUUUAAAUCUGAAUUUACUUGCAGCAAAGCAUUUCUUGCCCAUUCUAAACAAAAUAUUCGACUUGUGUCAAUUGCUAAUAUUACAAAGUCUAUACCGACUUUUCCCGUGAGAUCGGACCGUUUUACUACCUCUUCAAGAUAAAAUGACUUUAAAACAAUUAGUUUCCAACGAUAAUCUCCUCUGCUGUGGACGUCUGUGAGAGCUUUUGAAAGUUUUUCGAUGAUAUCAUUACUGAAUGAGAGCACGAUCACUGAUAAUGUAUUUUUACAACUUGUAGGUCCAACCCACGGAGCUACUACCACUUCCUCUUCAACCAUAGACAUUUUGAAUACAAACAAUGUAGAAAAAUUACUGGGUCCUUUGGCAAAUUUAUUUAAUUUCAAUUAAA